AGCUUGUCCACCUUGCUACAUUUCUAGCUAUAUAGUUCCUAAUUAGCAAACAUAGUGUUUAUUAGCCUCUAAAGAGUUUGUGUUCAAAUCGGUCGACCUAUAUAAUUAAUGGCGUCGAGGAGAAUUCUCAAGGAGCUCAAAGAGCUGCAGCGAGACCCUCCGACUUCAUGCAGUGCAGGGCCUGUGGCUCAAGACAUGUUCCACUGGCAAGCAACCAUAAUUGGACCAAAUGACAGCCCAUAUGCUGGUGGUGUUUUCCAAGUUACCAUUCAUUUCCCACCUGAUUAUCCUUUCAAACCUCCCAAGGUAGCCUUCAGGACAAGGGUGUUCCAUCCAAACAUAAACAAUAAUGGGAAUAUAUGCUUAGAUAUCCUCAAGGAUCAGUGGAGUCCAGCUCUCACCAUAUCCAAGGUUUUACUUUCCAUAUGUUCAUUGCUGACAGAUCCAAACCCGGAUGACCCACUGGUUCCAGAGAUAGCCCAUAUGUACAAAACGGAUAGAUCCAAAUACGAUACAAUGGCUCGUACCUGGACACAGAAGUACGCCAUGUGCUGACACUCACCAGAUUUUUCCCCAAACUUGCUAAUUAAUAUUAUUAUUAGUAAUUAAUAACCAUCUUUAAUUUGUUGAGUGAUGAUUCCUAAUUCUUGGAAGGACAAAUGUAUAAAAUUAAGGAUGGGUAUAAUUAUGCAUGUACGUAUUUUUGUUUGUGUGUCGUGAUCUCAACUAAAUAAUUAUUUUAGAACGGGUUUUUGAAA